AUCAUUGUUGUUAAUAACAAACAAACACAAAUACACAAUACUGAUAAAUUAGAAUUUUUGAUUAUCGACAGUUAUUUUACAUAGUUUUUCUGAUUAUUCGAUAAGAAUUUUUGAUUGUCAUUAUCAAAAUUAUCAGUUAAUUAAAAAAUAAUUAUUAAAGUCUAGAAUUAAGAAUCAUACAAAAAAUAAUAACCUAUGUAUACAUGUAAAUUUUGUUCCGUCGUGUGUUUAAGUUUCCAAAGUUGAAGUAAAAAUCUUACAUCGUUCCUUCUGCUUUAAUAAAAUGGAUACAUUUGAAAAAUAAACCGACAAUCAAAAAAGCUCCAAAAUUUAUUUAAUGGAGUAACUUACUUUGUAUUAAAAAAAACCAACGAACAAUUAGCUAAACAAUGGCAGUGUUACAUCGUGCUUUAUUUACUUGGUUUGAACUGUUAAUAUUUUUAAUAUUACUUGUCUUAAGGUUAGAUCAAAGAAUACAGUGGAAUUGGUUUAUUGUUUUUAUACCAAUGUGGGUGUAUGAUAGUAUUUUAUUAAUUUAUAUUGUAUUUAAUAUCAUAUCACAUUGUAAAAAUGGUCAUAAUCAAAUGGAAGGAUUACGCCGUAAGGCUUGGCAUAUGAUAGCAGUUUUAUUAAAAUUAAGUGUACAAUUAUUAAUUUGUUUACGACUAGAAGCACCGUAUUGGAAUUUACCAGCAAAAGCUGUGCUAUCACCAUUUUUGAUUCUUCUACCAGCAUUAACAGUUGAUGUUUUCAUUCAUCUAAUUCAACACUCCCGAUAUUUAUAAUAUUAAGAAUUAUUUUGCAC